GAAAAGAGACAGCAGCAACACGAUAUAAAUAGAGUACCAGAAUGGGACAAAGUUUGAGAAGAAAGCAUGACAUCACUCAGACUUACUCUCCACCCAAAAAGAUCUGGGAUGGAGGUGCAAACGUGAGCCAGACAAGCGAGGAGCUAGCAACACAGUUCAAUCCAAUUCCUAAGGAAACAGUGAGAGUCAGAUGUCCAGUGGAGCAGAAGGGGCUACUUUUUUAUGAUGAGAACCAAAACUGACUUCAGAUCUCUGACAAAGUAAAAAUAAUUGGAUAAAAGAAAAAAAAAGAAAAAGAAAACCACAGACAGCAAACACUGUAAAAUAAGAUCUCUUCUUUUGGCACAAAUAACAGCAGAACUACUUGCAUUCUUUCUGUGCAAUUGCACAAUUUUUGGAUCUUAUUAUUUUUAUCUUAUGAUUUUGCUCCAGUCAUGGUUAUGUGUUUUUUGGUAAUUCAAGUGAUCCACAUUUAAAGCAAGCAAAUAUUCAUGAAGGCUCUGGAAGAAUAUAUUGCUUUCUCACUGGAAGAAUGGAGUUUCUGAACCUGUGUGGAAAAUGCAGAUUUUAAAAGAAAAAAAGUAGCAAAGGAGAACUUGUGUUCAUGAUUGAAAUCUCCCAGGAAUUAGAUCUCAAUUGCACUUGAAAACGCAAAAGGACCAUGAAGAAUUUGUUGUCUCUGCUCUGUUAUUAUUUGCUGCAGAUUUUAUUUCAGUCUAAAUAUCAGGUGUAUGGAAACUAUUCCUGGCUACCUAAACACCCAGGGUUCAAAGUUUUAGCCUCAGCUUCCCACUACUGGCCACUGGAAGAUGUAGAUGGAAUCCAUGAGCUUCGGGAUACAAGUGGAGCUCUAAGAAUCCACAACUUCACUGUGCUUCCUUCCCAUAACUCUACCUUUGUAUAUACCAAUGACUCUGCCUACUCUAACUUCUCUGCAACUGUAGAUAUUGUAGAAGGGAUGGUCAACAAAGGAAUUUAUGCCACCGAAAAGAAAGGAGUUACCUUUCUCUUCUUCGGAAGCUACCAAAACUCUUGCAUUAGUAACCCAGAAAUUUGUGGACCUGAAGGAGUAACAUUUUCUUUUUUCUGGAAGACUCAGGACCAGCAGGCUAAAUAUCCCCCAGCCUCCGGGGGACAGGUCAUUUCUAGUGGUUUUAAAAUCUGCUCCAGUGAAGGUGAAGGCUCUGUAGAAUUCUAUGCCCGUGGGAAUUCGAUGAAGUGGCAGGCGAGCUUCAGUCCACCAGGUCAUUACUGGACUCACAUUCUCUUCACGUGGAAAUCAAAAGAAGGACUGAAGGUCUAUGUGAAUGGAACUUUAAACACCACUGACCCAAAUGGGAAAGUUUUCUAUGAUUAUGGGGACCCUACAGCAAAUCUGCUGACUGGGACAGAGGGUGAUCAAACCAAACGCUAUGUGAAUGGAGCUUUCGAUGAAUUCAUCAUAUGGGAAAGGGCGCUUACCCCCGAUGAAAUUGAGCAAUACUUUACAGCUGCUAUUGGUGCACAGGCUUUACUUUCUUCAACAGCAUCAUGGUCCAUCAUGACCACUACAAGUACCGUGCUCUCCACAGAUGCCUAUCAUCCUAUCAUAACUAAUCUAACUGAGGAGAGAGGAAACUUUCAGUCCCCAAAUGCAAUGCUGCACUACCUGGAAAACAUAUCAAUCAGCUUGCCCAACAAAUCUCUGGUGGAAAAUACUGCCUUGAACCUGACAGAGGCUUUCCUGAAGGCUGUUGGAGAUGUUCUUUUAUUGCCCGACUGGGUUGAUACAUCAGUGUCUGUUUCUGUUGUGGGAGGCUUAAUUGAAACGAUUGACAAUGUGAUGGUGCAUAUGGCUCGCAAUCUGGAAGGAAUCCACCCAGCUGUAACCAUCGAGGGCACAUCAACUGUGGCAGAUUACUCUUUGGUCAAAAUGCCUCCUCAGACUCUGAAUUUGUCCCAUUACCGCUUCCCAUCUCAGGGAAAGAGUUAUAUUUCCAUCCCCAGUGAAGCAUUUCACAACAAAGCAUGGAUCACCAUCGUGGGCCUGCUUUACCACAACAUACAUUAUUACUUCCAUAACAUCAACCCUAUGGAAACCAAGAUUGCUGAAGCUACGGCUUAUAAAGGGUACAGGAUUUCAGCAACUAGCUAUCUUAUCUCCCUGAAAGUGGAACCUCCACCGACACUGUCUCAUAAUCUGUCAGGAUCUCCUCUGAUUACCAUUCAGCUCUCCCAUAAACUGACUCCCUGGCAAUAUAAUCAAGCAGUGAAUAAAAGCAACAAAGUUUACCUUUACUGCGCAUUUCUGGACUAUAGCAAUGGAAGUGGUGUCUGGUCUAAUGAGGGCUGCGUGCGUGAGAGUGGGGACCUCAACUACUCCGUCUGCCUUUGUAACCACCUCACCAACUUUGCCAUUUUGAUGCAAGUGGUACCCCUGAAGCUGACCAUUCAACACCAGGUGGCACUGUCAUCCAUCAGUUACAUUGGCUGCUCCCUGUCCAUCUUCUGCUUGACGAUCACGCUGGUCACCUUUGCUAUACUGUCGUCUGUCAGCACCAUCCGUAACCAGCGCUACCACAUCCAUGCCAACCUGUCCUUUGCCAUCUUAGUGGCUCAGAUCCUUGUUCUCAUCAGCUUUCAAUUCAACCCCGGGACAGUGCCAUGCAAAAUCUUGGCCAUUCUACUUCAUUUCUUCUUCCUGAGUGCUUUUGCUUGGAUGCUGGUGGAAGGAUUUCAUCUUUACAGCAUGGUGAUCAAAGUGUUUGGGUCAGAAGAGAGCAAGCAUUUAUAUUACUAUGGAAUUGGAUGGGGGUGCCCAUUGGUGAUCUGCAUCGUUUCUGCAACGUCAGCCACUGACAGCUACGGAGAAAAGGGCAAUUGCUGGCUUUCGCUGGAGAAUGGAGCAAUUUGGGCUUUUGUGGCUCCAGCCCUGUUUGUCAUUGUGGUCAAUAUUGGCAUUCUCAUUGCGGUCACAAGAGUCAUCUCAAGAAUCAGUGCAGACAACUAUAAGGUGCAUGGAGAUGCCAAUGCAUUCAAGCUGACAGCUAAGGCAGUUGCUGUAUUGUUGCCGAUCUUGGGAAGUUCAUGGAUCUUUGGCGUUCUAGCCGUCAAUGACCACACAUUAGUAUUUCAGUAUAUGUUUGCAGUAUUCAAUUCCCUGCAAGGUUUUUUCAUCUUUCUGUUUCACUGCCUUCUGAAUUCAGAGGUUAGAGCUGCCUUUAAACACAAAACCAAAGUGUGGUCCCUCACAAGCAGUUCGGUUCGAAACGUCAAUGUGAAACCCUUCAACUCUGACAUUAUGACCGGAAACAAACCAGGCACCACUCCUACAAAGCUGAACACCUGGGACAAAAGCACCAAUUCAGGCAAUAGGAUUGACCUAUCAGCUGUCUGACAUUAGACCCAGGUUCUCACCGAAAAUCAAGCCAUACAUUCAGGACCUCUGACAUAGUCUACCAGUAAUUUCUCACUGUUCAUGCCAGUCGGAACUGCUCUUCUAAUCACUGCCUAAUAAAUUGGAAAUUGCCAUAGUGUUUUAUUGAAUAUGUACAAUCAGUCCUCAUCUGCUUGCCUCUCCACUUACAAUUCAGUCUGCCACUUGGACAAGAGCAGUACCUGCAGAAUAACUAGCACAAAUAUACACUGGAUGGUUUUGUCAGUGAUGAUGAAAACAGUAGGUGUGGAAAGGUGAUUAUUCCUGUCGAAUUCAUUCUGGACUACAGGACUGAGGAAAGCUAACGUACCUCAGGAUGUUUUAUACUCUACAAAUGAAAUGUUUCCUACUGGGAUUUUGUAGUUGAGCUGGUUUUGUGUAGCAGUGCAUUCAUUCUGUUUACAUUUAAUAUUUUAAGUAACCCAAUUACCCCAGUAAAAUGUAUUCAGAACACAAACAGCCAACAGGCAUUUCAUUUGAAUUCUGUACGUGACCUGGAGGGAAAAAUGCAAGCUCCAACCAAUCAGACCAAAACACAGACUUGGGACUGUCAAAUCUGAUAUAACGUUGUAUCUGUGUCCCACAAACAGUGCAUGUAGCACACACUAGUCACACGCAUACACACACAGUUAACUUGUUAAGUAUUCCCUUUGACGUGGCAUCGAUAAAAGAUAUGUAUGCCUAAGAAUGUGCCGCACCAAUCCUCACUGCUAGUUUAGUUUGACUGGCGAUUUGUGUCUGCUGGCAUACUGCAAUACAAGGCAGUCGCCUGAAUCUUUCUGAUGCAAUCAACAGCUGUCCAUCAAGUGCAUUUUGCAAACAGACUUGACCUGUAGCUUUUCGAAAUCGAAAUCUGACUCUCUGACUUUAUCUUUCUCCUUUUUUCUGGUCAGACUGAGGCACUGAAGUCCAAACACAAAAAUGUAAUGCAACAAAAUACUGUGAAGGCAGCAAGACUGCGGAUGGGUCUUUGUAUGGUUAUCUACAGACAUAUUUUAAAUAGACCUCAAGACAGUCUCUUGUGUUUUAAAGUCUGCUCUGCAUUUUGCAGCUUUUGCUUUAAUAUCUUUAUGUGGGGGGUGAGGAAGGGGGAAUGACAUUUUUCAUUUAGCCCAAUGUCUUCCUGGUCCUUACAAACUAUGUCAGUGAGUAUUUAAUCCAUGGAAGUUUUGGGCACCAGUGCUAUAGUCAGCUAGCUUUGGGGGACAAGUUGGCUUUCUGGCAUGAAUACAAUCCUGAGAGCUCAAAGUAGCCAGGGACUAAUUUAUUCCCAAGGCUUAUUUAGCAAGAAGGCUCCCCAAAAUUCCCAUAAUUGGGGCUCACUGGAUAUCUCCUUUUCCCAGCCAUCUCUUUCCCACAUCCCCUAGGCAAAUCCUCUGGAAGCUUAUUCUGGUUUUCUUAAUGGUUUGUCCCACAAGAAUGGCACAGGAUAACUAGCAGAGGGGCUGAAGUAUUGAUCUAUCAUUUCAAAGUGUCUCUUACCCCUUAAUCAAAGGUUUAUAUAAAUUUCAGGCCAAUUGUGAUCUUCCUCAACUUUGUUUUGCUAUAGGUUCAGGGGACUGGGAUUUGCUGCUAUUAGGGACUGGGGCUUGAGGAUCCCUAGCAACACGCUGUUAGCAUUUUGCCAUUAAUAUGCCUCUGCAUGGGGAGAAUUUUUGUCUGAAGAACCAUAAAUUUAUAGAAGAAAGAGUUUCCAUGGGAACUGAAACUAAUUGUGAAUUUGGCUAAUAUCAUAUUUUCUCACAUACAACAUCUACCUUGCCUCCAAAACCAGCUGCUGACAAUUGGAGUGCACGCUAUAUGCAAGGAAAUGUGGUAAGAGCAGUUUCUGCUGCUUGCUUACCAGGAAAAAGUGAAACUAAAGUCUGCAUGGGGGCAAUGAGCAGGCUUGGCUCCCUGGCUGCUGCUACUCGGGUCCUUACUGCAACGAAAGAUGUAUGUACUUCAUUCUGUCUUUCAUAAACAAGGCACAUAUUUUAUCACAGACAUGUUAUAUGGGAGAAAAUAUGGUGGUCUGGGACGAAAAAAAGCUAAUAGGGAAGAGUUAGAGAAGGUCAAAAAAUUAUUUCAACAUUUUCAGACUGGAAUGUUUAAUUUUCAAAACCCAUAUAUAUUUCAUGUUCACUCUUUCAAACUGCAACUUUUGACUUUCUCAUUAAAAACGCAAAGGCCUGUACAGGCAGAGAGAGCUAAUAGUGUUUUACACUGCAAGAAACCCAAACUUUUCAGAUAUGAAUUAACACUUUUCUGUUAAAAU